AUGGCGACGGCGAUGCAGUCGGCAGUGCGCUUGCCUUCACCCGAGGCCGCCGACGGCCAGUCGCAUGCUUCUGGUCGCAAGCGUUCGCCGUCAUCGCGUUCUCCCUCACCCGAAAGACGCCCUCCAACUCUGCGCACACGCUCUGUCGACCCAGAUACAAACGAUGCUCCUUCGCCUCCGCGCCAUCGCUCACGCUCGCGCUCACCGCUGCCCCAUCGAAGCGGUCCUCUGCCUCGUGAUGUCGACCGUCAGAGAGCACUCGAGCGCCAAAGACAGGCCGAAUCGCGCCGUCGAGAAGAAGUCCAGCAGGACAAGCCUCUGUCAGCCGCUGAGAAGCAGGCCGCAGCAAAGGCCGAAUACGAGCGCCUGCUCACCAUGCGCUCGGGAGGAACCUACGUACCGCCAGCCAAGUUGCGCGCCCUACAGGCUGAAAUCGGAAAUGAUCCAUCUUCAAAAGAAUUCCAGCGCAUGGCUUGGGAGGCCCUUAAGAAGUCUAUCAACGGUCUGAUAAACAAGGUCAACGUCUCCAACAUCAAAUACAUUGUCCCCGAGUUGUUUGGUGAGAACCUCAUCCGCGGCCGUGGUCUUUUCUGUCGAAGCAUCAUGAAGGCUCAGGCUGCAAGUUUGCCGUUUACUCCGAUUUACGCCGCCAUGGUCUCCAUCGUAAAUACAAAGCUUCCUCAAGUUGGCGAGUUGCUGGUCAACCGCCUGAUCGUGCAGUUCCGCAAGGCCUUCAAGCGCAACGACAAGGCCGUUUGCUUGAGCAGCACCACUUUCCUGGCCCACCUAAUCAACCAGCAGGUCGCUCACGAGAUGCUUGCCGCCCAGAUUCUGUUGCUUUUACUGAACAAACCCACUGACGACAGUGUUGAGAUUGCAGUGGGGUUGAUGAGAGAAGUUGGCCAACACAUCGAGGAGUUCAACUCACAAAUCGCUAUGGCCGUCUAUGACCAGUUCCGCAGUAUUUUGCACGAAGCCGACAUCGACAAGCGAACACAGUACAUGGUCGAAGUCCUAUUCCAAGUCAGAAAGGACCGCUACAAGGACAACCCAUCAGUCAAGGAAGAGCUGGAUCUCGUUGAAGAGGAGGAUCAAAUCACCCACAACACUGGCUUGGACGAUCAGAUUGAGGUUCAGGAUGGUCUCAACGUUUUCAAAUUCGACGCGGACUGGGAAGCGAACGAAGAGGCUUACAAGAAGCUCAGGGCUGAAAUUCUGGGAGAAGCCGACGGAAGCGAUGAAGAUGAUGAGGACGACUCGGAUGCCAGCAGCAGCGAGGACGAAGAUGACGAAGCGGAUAAACAGAUCGAGAUCAAGGAUCAGUCCAACACUGACCUGGUCAACUUGCGCCGUACAAUCUACCUCACCAUUAUGUCUUCUGGUGGCUUCGAGGAAUGUACUCACAAGUUACUGCGCAUCAACUUGCCACCCGGACUGGAACACGAACUACCCUCGAUGAUCGUCGAGUGUUGCUCCCAGGAACGCACAUAUAACAAAUUCUUUGGCAUGAUCGGUGAGCGUCUCUGCAAAAUCAACCGUAUGUGGAAUGAGCUCUUUGAAGCCUCGUUCGUCAAGUACUACGAUACGAUUCAUCGUCUGGAAACUAACCGUCUGCGCAUUGUCGCCCAAUUCUUCGGUUACCUCCUGUCUUCAGAUGCUAUCGGCUGGCAUGUUAUUAGUGCUAUUCAUCUGAACGAAGAUGAGACCACAUCAUCUUCGCGUAUCUUCAUCAAGAUCUUGAUCGAGGAGCUGGCUUCGAACGUCGGAAUGAAGAUAUUGUCGGAGAGAAUGAAGGACGAUGCUCUACAGCCUGCACUGGCCGGUAUAUUCCCUACUGACAACCCUCGCAACACUCGUUUCAGCAUCAACUUCUUCACUGCUAUUGGUAUGGGUGUGUUGACCGAGGGUAUGAGAGAAUACCUCAAGAACAUGCCCAAGCCAACACUACCUGCUCUACCCGUUAGAGCUGCUAGUCGAAGUNNGCCAGUGUGUCCAGUUACUCGAGCUACUCAAGCUACUCGAGCCGUUCUCGCUCCCCAUCCCGCACAAAGGGCCGAGCACGUAGCGACUCACGUUCAGCCACGCCGCCAAGGCGCUCUGUCCGGAAUAGGUCCUACUCGUACUCUAGGUCGCCAUCCCGAUCGAGGUCUCCCCGUCCAAGACGCCGAUCUCCCUCUGCUUCUAUCUCGCAUUCGAGAACACCUGAGCGCAGGAGAAGAUACACAUCCUCCAUCUCUCGCUCUCGCUCUCGUUCUCCACCUCCGAGACGUGGCAAGGCUCGUCAAGAAUCUCGUUCGCCCUCAUAUUCUCGCUCGCGCUCGCCUCCUACCAGAGGAGCUGCGGGAGAACGAAGCUACUCCCGCUCAGGUUCACCUCCUGCUCGUAGAGCUCCGGCACGAGACAGAAGCUAUACUCGCUCACCAACACCACCUCGUAGACGCCGCGACAGUUAUUCUCGAUCGCCGGCCCGCUCUGUCUCUCGUUCGGGCUCUCCACCACCUAGAAGAACAGGCGCAGGACGUAGACGCUCUCCAUCCAGAUCUCCCUCUCGUUCUCCUCCGAGACGAACAAGAUCUCCAGUCAGAAACCAACGUCGCGUACGUCGUAACACAUCGUCGCCAGAAACAUCCCGAUCUAGAUCGUCCCCUCGCCGUGCUCGACGAGCUAGCAAUGCUUCUGCUCGCGGCCCUAAAUCCUCGGCUCCGAGCGCCGAGAUGGACCUUAGCGACAUCCAUCCCAGCCGUAGGGGUCUGCUAG